CCUGCCUCGUUGGAUACUGUGUGUUUGUAUUGUCAGUUUUUAAGUCGUUCCAUGACCCCUCAGUCGGUGAGGAAUUAUCUAAGCGGCGUAAAGCUGCUUCACGUUGUUACCGGUUUCGAUUUUCCUUUCUACGAGACGUUUGAGCUGCGUUUAACUUUGCGUGGCCUUGACCGCAUACAUCGGCAUCUCCCUUCUCGUGCCCCGCCGGUGAUACCCGAUUUACUUCGUGCUUUAGUGCAGUGCCGGGGUUCACAGUUUGAUUUCGUUUUUAAUUGCGCCUUCCUCUUCGCAUUUUUUCUUUUUGCACGCAUUUCCAAUCUUGUGCCAGUUUCGGCUCGGUCUUUUGAUCCCGCUAAACAUUUAUGCCGCGGAGAUAUCAAAAUAACUAGUUUCGGGUUAUCUGUUUCUUUCAAAUGGUCUAAGACUAAUCAGACGGGCUCCAAAGUACUCGCCGUUCCCCUACUUAGUAAUUCUGACCACCUUGUGUGCCCGGUCCGGGCCUACUUG